UCCCCUCUCUCCUCCCCACUCUCCUUCUUUUACGCUAUUCUCUCUAUCUUCCCCUUAUUUCAUAUUUUUCAAAUCCCCCAAAUCUCUUCAUUUUUAUCCUAUUAAUGAUCUCUUAUUGUGUCUUCUUAAUCUUUUUUUUAACUAUUUUUCUAAAUCAAGACUCUUUUGUAGAAAUUCGAAGACAAUAUCAUCAUUCUUGCCAAGUUGAAAGAUGGGUAAAAAUUCAACUGGUAAGAAAUAAAAAUUUAAAGCACCUGUGGUCAAAUCUUCAUCUCUUCAUGUUGAUUAUGACUCUCAUUUCGAAGAUAUGGUGUUAAAGGGGUCGAAAUCACCACAUGCAAUAGCCGUUCAAAAGGACAAUCAAAGAAAAAACGGGUUGAUGCAUCGCAUACAAAAGACAAAGGAAAAAAAUCGAAAAUGCGUAUGGUAUACAACAAAAUAUUACUGUUAAACCCAAAAAGAGAAAGCAUAUUAGCACAGAGGAAGUUCUAUGUGAUAAACAUCCUAUGAAGAAAUGGGAUUUAUGUGUCCCAUUUGAUACAAAAUUAUCUCGUUCUCGUUGGAGCUUACAUACCAAUGUUGGGGUUGUUGAUGAGUUAAAGUCGAAAUUGAUGGAUGAGCAGAUUCAAAUGUUUAGGAAAACCUGUUUCAGCUAUUUCCUAGAUUUGCCUCCUGUUGUUGUACAAAAUCAAGUCAUACGGUUCUUAAUGUCAAGGGAGUUGGUUCAAGACAGUGAGGAAGAUUUUUACGUCAAGAUCAAUCAUAGUAUCCUGUGUUUUGGGAUUAGAGAAUUUGCAAUUAUAUUUGGUCUAAGGUGUGUUGGUGAAGUCAACGAUGAGGGAACUUAUAGUGGAUCAAAUAGGCUCAAGGAUGCCUACUUUCCCGAUCGUGAUAGACUAUCAAAGGACGACCUUAUUGAUUAUUUUAUGGCAAAGAGAUGGCAGUCAGAUAAUGAUGCUCUAAAGAUUUCAUUAGUGAACUUCAUAUACACCUUCUUAUUUUCCACAAUUAGUAAAAGAUCCUUUGUAAGUAAUCGAGAUUUUUUUUUGAUUGAGAGUGGGAAAUACGAGCAGUUUCCAUGGGGGAAUGUUGUAUUUCAAGCUUUGAUUGGUUCGGUGAGAAAUAAGUUUAGAUUCAUAAAAGAAGUUUCAUAGA